AGAAAAAAAGAAACCUUUCUUCUUUGAUAUUAAAUGUUAAAAAAGGAGUACGAAUGUUUUUUCUUCGCGGAGGCGACUGAUUUCGGUAACUUGGCGAAGAUUGAAACCCGAAUUUGAUGUUACAUCAGGAACAGCUCAGAGUACCCGCUAAGAAGUUAACCGGAGAACAAUCUCAGGCAUCGAUUUUACGGUUUAUUUUGAUUAAUCCAUAGAUUUUUCAACAACCCGGUUCCUUCGCCAUUUCUUAGUGAACGCAAAGAGUCCUCGGAGGAAACAAAUUUCGUGCUUCAAUUCAAUUCCUCUCCCCAUUCCCCGUAUGCAAGUGUAAUCCGGACCCAUUUGUUUUUAUUUCAUUCAGAUACUUGCUUUUAGUCGAUCCAGAUUGGUUCAGGCUGGAAUUGGACUGUAACUGGGUUCGCCAGUUUAGGUUGGCGUUCAGCCUCGAUUUUGAUUGUUGGUUGAAAUCUCGGGAAGUCUUGCAAGAGAAGUGGAAAUGACUGAAGAUUAGGGGGAAUGGUCCUGGAAUUGAUGCAACAAAAUGAGCCGGUCCCCUUCAUUUUCUAUGAAAUCGGAUGUUAAUGUGAAGUUGGAUCCAGAGUCUCUCCAAAAAUGGGUUGUUGCCUUUUGCAUCAUUAGGUUUGAUCUCGAACAGGGUCAACUCAUUGAGGAGUGCUACCCUCCAGGCUGUCUUACGCAAGAUGAGGAACUUGAAAUUGCAUUUAGUUCGUUUCCUGAUUCAGUUUCGCAGCACCAGAAUCGGUCAAGCAUUCAUGAUUGUAUAUUCUUUUUCCGGCUUCGAAGGAAGGAAAUUUCUCAACCAAGAAAAGUUUCUAAUUCUGAGAUAACUGAAGUGGACGAGUUAUUACAGACUACCAAUGACUCAAAACUUCCAAGAUCAAAAAGCAGCCUUGCUAACAAGUCUAAGUAUAUGUAUGGUUUUGUUUUUAAUAGGGAGAGACACGAUGAGAGGCUAAGAAGGGGUGGAGAACAAAAAUCCGUCGUAAUAUUGUCACAUAGUCCUUAUUCUACCGUCUUUAAACCUCUGUUGCAAAUCAUGGGUCCGUUAUAUUUUGACAUUGGGAGGAGGGCUCUUGAGCAUAUUGCUGCUUAUGUUUCAAUGUGGCCUGCUCCUGUACCCGGUAAACAAAUGGAGCUUCCUAUUGGAAAUGCCUUGCUUAAAGCGCACUUGCCACCUGCCCAUAGUUUGCCAAUGGAUAGCGAGACAUUUUCUGAAGAGUCUACGUCCUCCAUGGCUCCUUUUCUUCCCAAUAAUCAGUCUGUUCCACAGGGCCUUUUCCAUGAUUCUGAUCUCUUUGGUACAUUCAGGGGUCUCCUUUUGCAGCUCUGGGUGUUGUGGGAGUUGCAGAUUAUUGGUGAGCCCAUCCUUAUCAUUGCACCAUCGCCUCCCCAGUGUUGUGAAGCUGUUGCUAGUCUUGUUAGCUUGGUUGCUCCACUUCUUUGUAGUGUUGAUUUUAGGCCUUAUUUCACCAUUCAUGACCCUGCGUUUUCACACUUGAACUCACUUCAGGAUGGAGCUACAUUCCCACCAAUGAUUUUGGGGGUGACAAACCUCUUCUUCCUUAAAGCCCUUCGAAAUAUUCCCCAUGUUGUCUCAGUCGGAAACCCUGCUGUUAAUCGGCUUGCCCAGACAUCGAGGUCCUCUUCUGGCAGAGUUGGCACUCCUGAAGGGUUUGGUUUUCGGCAGCUGUCAUUGAAAAAAUUCUCUCCGUCAAACUUUCUAAGUGCUGUCAAGUUGAGGAGAGAUGGUCCCCUGUGCCUCAUGACAGAACAUAAGGAAGCCAUCUGGAGCACUUACCCUGCAGCAACAAAGCCGGACACAUCUAUCUUGAAUCGGCUUAUUGAUGCCGGCUUAUCACCAAGGGUUGAGGAGUCUAUGUCUGUUGUUAACAACGAGAUACUGCGCCGGCACUUCCUGGAACUUACCACCAACUUUUUGGCGCCUUUUGGGCCGUACUUUCGGCCUACCACCCCGUCAGAAGGAUCUUCUCCGUUUGAUGAGCCUCCUCGCCCUCAAUUUAGUGCUGAUGAAUUUCUUGCCAAUCUAUCAACAAGAGGACCAGGAAAAUUUCUGGCUAAGCGAAUGAAAUCUAAUUGGCUGGACUUGUACAGGCGGUUUCUCAAAGGACCAAACUUUAUGCCUUGGUUUCAGAGAAGGCGUGCCGUUGCAGAACAAGAACAACAUAGACUAUGGAGGCAAGCAAGAAUGAAUACUGAUGUACUGCGGCUUAUAUCUAAAAUGCCCGAAUUGGAAGUCAUCGAUUUAUUUAAUGCUAUUGAAAGACAUCUACUUCGAGAAAUGGAGCUGCAGGAAUCUAGAAGGGCUUAUGCUGACUCUGUGGCAACUUGCCAGAAACUGAAAGGCGAUCUGCUGACUGUUUUUAAUGUGCUUCCAAAGGACAUGCAACAGCUUCUGCUUCUUAAUCCACAAAGGGCAUCUCUUCUCCGUGCAAGCCCGGAAUUAACGAAACUUCCGGGGCGUCCGCUUGUACAAGUUGGUGUUGUAUCUUCCAUUUCACCAAGAUAGUACUGAAUACAUGUUACGAGUCAAGUAGCCUCAGACAAAGUGGUUUCCUUCUGAUUUUUAGAGGCAGCACUCACCGGAUUGUUCCCUUCAUAACUGGAUUGGGAGGUUUAAUCUGAUUGUGGCUGCUGCAAUUGUUUUAGUAGGUACCAUCUUGGACCUUUCCUAAUCUUUAUUUUGGAUUUAUCCUAACAAAGGUUGAUGAAUGAUAUGGUAUAUCCUGUUUUUAAGUACAAGUGUAAUGUUUCUACAAACAAACAGAUGGACAGAGGAUGGUACAUUAUCUCGACGGUGUAACGUUUUAGUUACCCAACUCGGGACAAUAUCUGCAAUGUACAAUGAACUUGUGGAUUGACGAAAAUUCAUUUGGGAGACGAUAGUUAGUUUUUUCCUAGAAUUUCAAAUUUUGUACCGUCUUCAUAACUUCAAAGGGAGCAUAAUGGCAACUUGUAGUAUGUAACUUGUAUUCUUGUACUGAGUCAGAUAUAUGGCUUUUAUUAUGUAGAUGUAAAGUUAAAGCAAAUAGUUUCAGCUCCAAAAACCUGAGUCUGUUGCCAGAGAUGGUGAGAUUUCUUCAAGUGUUAUGAAUUUUAUUACU